GGCACUUUUCACAUUUUUAGACCUGUAACUAGAGCAUUUUAUUGAAAUAAGAACAUUUCCCCAGAAGAUAAAAAUCAAUUGUUUAUUUUUAAAUAAAAACAAUCAAAAUGUUGCUUAUUAGCUUGCAUAUUGGCUGUUUAUUAGUACUUAUAAAGCACAUAUUAUUGCCUUAUUCUGCAUAACCAUAUUCUGCAUCUCAAAAUACUACCCCAUACCUAAACUUAAACGCUACAACUACCUUACUAACUAUUAAUAAACAGUAAAUUAAGAGUUUAUUGAGGCAAGUCGUAGUUAAUAUUGAAUAUGUGUUCCCCAUACCAAAGUGUUACCAAAUGUUAUGUUUAUAUAUGAGGAAUUGCCUUAUUAAAUAUGAAUUAAUUUGCAUACACAUCCAGAACAUAAGUCUGAACAUUGGAUAAAGUCAGGUUUAAAAAUCUUGUUCCAUUGUGUGUUCCAGGUAAAGGUUUUUACAGAGGGGAUUUUGAACAGACAGAAAAAAAGAAAAAAGAAAAAUCACCAUGUUUUUAGGAUAUAUAUAUAAAUCUUAUAUAAAUCAGCUGAAUCAUUUAUGAACAACCACCUCAGUAAAAACCUUCAGAAUAUAGAUAGGAAUAAAAUUGUAAAGUUUGGUGUAUGUAAGUGUUACUGAAGUGGAGGAAAAAAAAAAUCAUUUUGAGCCUUUAAAUUAAAUAAAUCUACAGGUGCAAAUAGAUAGUGUAAUAAGAUAAACACUUAAAUGUGUAUUUCAGAUGUUUUCUUUCCAGUCUGAAAGAAGACAUGUUAUGGAAGCACAAUAAAUUGCUCAAAAAAAAAAAAAAAAAAAUCUCAAAAAUGAAAAACAAUGAUUUUGCCUGUAGUGUAUUGUCUUAUGUUGAAAUCCAAACUCGGCAUGUAAAUGAAACUGCACUUGACUCAACCAAGACGGCUACAAAUUCUACGCUGUAAAAAAUUAGAUUUUAAUGGUUAAAGACUGUAAAAAUGCUACGGUGAAAAACAGUUAUUUGGUUUACAGAAAGUUUCCUACUAUAUACGGUGAAUAACUGAAAUAGAUCUGUAAUGUAACUUAAUGUAAUUUUAUAGUAAAAUGCUGUUAAAUUUACAGUUUUUUUUAACUGAAAAAAAUAAGUCAUUGUAUAAUUUACAAUGAAGAAAUGUAAUUUGACACUCCCACAAUUCCCUGCGUGACACUUCACAUUUAAUGUAUUUUCGUUGAAAUAACUCAAUUAGAUUUAACUUUAAACUUUAACUUUAGAUUUUUCUAAUCAGUUAUGUACAUUAGGGUUUUAUGUUACAUCGAAUGUUGUUAAAUUAAUGUGUAUUGCAUUUUUAAAAUGUCAUGUGUGUUACCAUGAUGGUGUUCAGUGUUUGUGUGAAUUACACUUUCUAUAUAUUAGAAUUGUUCUUCUCAGCUUGUGAAAAAGCUGCUUGUGAUGAACUUUGAUUCAUCAUGUGACUCACAUCACCACUGCGUUUGGUGGUUGUCAGUGUAUUACAAAGGUACAAAGUAGAUAUUAGUACUUCAAUAGGUUGGUAAAUUAACAUUAUAUCAGUUAAUGAAAUAAAUAGUUUUACAGAUUUAAAUAGUUAAAUCUGUAAAACCUAAAAUGUUGCUACCGUAUUUUUUACUGUAAAUUUCUGGCAACCACAGCUGCUGUUUUUUGUAAAUUUUACGGGGAUUUUUUUUUUUUUUUUUUUACAGUGCUUCAAGCAAGCAGACCCAGACGCACAAAUUUUAAGUGCAAACUGAGCACAAAACAAUUUCCAUUAUUUAGAAACCCCUAAACAUCCAAAUCCAGCCCAAUCCCAGCAUGAAAUUUGACUGUUUGUGGGAUCCUGUUAAACUCAAGACAGCUAGCAGACUUCUACUGUAAAGUACCUAGGACACACUAAGAUAAAACUGCAGUAUGGAUAAAUGGGCUAAAAAGGAUUCUCAAACCUUUUCAUAAAGUCUCCUCAAGCACUGGACUUUUUUUUUUUUGCAGGAUAUUUCCCUGAUUUAACACACCUCAUUCAACUAAUCAGCUAAUUAGUCAAGAGUUCCAUGACCUGAACUGGGAGUAUCAGACGGGAGAUUCCAAGAGAGAUUGAGAAAUUAUGAACAAUACAAUUAUAUAUAUAUAAAUAUAUAUAUAUAUAUAUAUAUAUAUAUAUUUUUUUUUUUUUUUUUUGAUAUACCUUAAUUUAUCUCUCAUAUGUUGUGUUUUAGUGUGAUCAAUUCUGACAGCUAUCAAGAUGUGGAGAACAGCAUGGAUGACCACAAUUUUUAUGUUAACAGUACAUACUGUAAUCAGAGCCCAAACAACAAUGACUGAUGUUACAGAAGACACAGACUCAACAGAUGACAUUACAAAUGAUUCUAUGACAAACACAACUGAUGAAUUUCCCACAGAAAUAUCUACAGAAUCAAUUACAAGUAGCACAGACGAAUCUAUAACCGGUUUAACAGAUGAAUCAACCAAUGAUGACAUGACGAAAAUGACAACAAUGGAAGAAUUUUCAACAUCUUUGUUGGAUGACCCUACCAUCGAUCUUACAGAUCAGUCAACUAACAUACCAAAAUUUACAACAGAAUUUACUGACAAAUCACCAACAGAUUUCACAGAUGCAUCAGACACAGAUAUUACAGGUGAAUCAACAACAGAUUUUACAACAGAUUCAUCAGAGGAAAAUUUAACAGAAGAAACUGUAUGGUCAACUGUUGGAUUUACUGAUCAAACAUUAAAUACAGAUGAGACACUGGAACCGAUAACAGUAUUCAUGUCAGACAUAUCUACACAUGCCACUGAAAUACCAACAGCAUUUACAACAGAUUCAUCAGAGGAAGAUUCAACAGAGGAAACUGAACCAUUAACUACUGGAUUUACUGAUCAAACAAUAAAUACUGAUGAGACACUGGAACCGAUAACGGCAUUUACGUCAGACGUAUCUACAAGUAUCACUGAAAUAUCAACAGUAUUUACAACAGAUUCAUCAAAAGAAGAUUCAACAGAGGAAACUGAACCAUCAACUCUUGGAUUUACUGAUCAAACAAUAAAUACUGAUGAAACACUGGAACCGAUAACAGCAUUCACGUCAGACGUAUCUACACAUGGCACUGAAAUAUUAACACCAUUUACAGAUUAUUCAUCAGAGGAAACUGAACCAUCAACUACUGGAUUUACUGAUCAAACAAUAAAUACUGAUGAGACACUGGAACCGAUAACAGCAUUCACAUCAGACGUAUCUACACAUGGCACUGAAAUAUUAACAGCAUUAACAGAUGAUUCAUCAGAGGAAGAUUCAACAGAGAAAACUGAACUGUCAACUACUGGAUUUACUGAUCAAACAAUAAAUACUGAUGAGACACUGGAACCGAUAACAGCAUUCACGUCAGACAUAUCUACAAGUGUCACUGAAAUACCAGCAGCAUUUACAACAGAUUCAUCAGAGGAAGAUUCAACAGAGGAAACUGAACUACCAACAACAGGAAUUACUGAUCAAUCAACUGCAACCACAAAACCACAAUCAACCACAAGAAUUACAGCUGGAUCCACCUUAGAAGAAACAACUAUAGACUUCACUGAAGAAAUAACUACUGAUGAGACACUUGAACCAAUAACAGCAUUCACUUCAGACAUACCUACAAAUAUCACAGAGAUAUCAACACCAUUUACAACAGAUUCAUCAGAGGAAGAUUCAACAGAGGAAACUGAACUAUCAACAACAGGAGUUACUGAUCAAUCAACUGCAACCACAAAACCACAAUCAACCACAAGAAUUACAGCUGGAUCCACCUUAGAAGAAACAACUAUAGACUUCACUGAUGAAAUAACUACUGAUGAGACACUUGAACCGAUAACAGAAUUCACUUCAGACAUACCUACAAGUAUCACAGAGAUAUCAACACAAUUUACAACAGAUUCAUCAAAGGAAGAUUCAACAGAGGAAACUGAACUACCAACAACAGGAGUUACUGAUCAAUCAACUGCAACCACAAAACCACAAUCAACCACAAGAAUUACAGCUGGAUCCACCUUAGAAGAAACAACUAUAGACUUCACUGAAGAAAUAACUACUGAUGAGACUCUUGAACCGAUAACAGAAUUCACUUCAGACAUACCUACAAAUAUCACAGAGAUAUCAACACCAUUUACAACAGAUUCAUCAGAGGAAGAUUCAACAGAGGAAACUGAACUACCAACAACAGGAGUUACUGAUCAAUCAACUGCAACCACAAAACCACAAUCAACCACAAGAAUUACAGCUGGAUCCACCUUAGAAGAAACAACUAUAGACUUCACUGAUGAAAUAACUACUGAUGAGACACUUGAACCAAUAACAGAAUUCACUUCAGACAUACCUACAAAUAUCACAGAGAUAUCAACACCAUUUACAACAGAUUCAUCAAAGGAAGAUUCAACAGAGGAAACUGAACUACCAACAACAGGAGUUACUGAUCAAUCAACUGCAACCACAAAACCACAAUCAACUACAAGAAUUACAGCUGGAUCCACCUUAGAAGAAACAACUAUAGACUUCACUGAAGAAAUAACUACUGAUGAGACUCUUGAACCGAUAACAGAAUUCACUUCAGACAUACCUACAAAUAUCACAGAGAUAUCAACACCAUUUACAACAGAUUCAUCAGAGGAAGAUUCAACAGAGGAAACUGAACUAUCAACAACAGGAGUUACUGAUCAAUCAACUGCAACCACAAAACCACAAUCAACCACAAGAAUUACAGCUGGAUCCACCUUAGAAGAAACAACUAUAGACUUCACUGAUGAAAUAACUACUGAUGAGACACUUGAACCAAUAACAGAAUUCACUUCAGACAUACCUACAAAUAUCACAGAGAUAUCAACACCAUUUACAACAGAUUCAUCAGAGGAAGAUUCAACAGAGGAAACUGAACUAUCAACAACAGGAGUUACUGAUCAAUCAACUGCAACCACAAAACCACAAUCAACCACAAGAAUUACAGCUGGAUCCACCUUAGAAGAAACAACUAUAGACUUCACUGAUGAAAUAACUACUGAUGAGACACUUGAACCAAUAACAGAAUUCACUUCAGACAUACCUACAAAUAUCACAGAGAUAUCAACACCAUUUACAACAGAUUCAUCAGAGGAAGAUUCAACAGAGGAAACUGAACUACCAACAACAGGAGUUACUGAUCAAUCAACUGCAACCACAAAACCACAAUCAACUACAAGAAUUACAGGCUGGAUCCACCUUAGAAGAAACAACUAUAGACUUCACUGA